CCAUUCCAUUACCACCCGCUCCAUUUUAUACCCUCCUCUCUCACCACAUGAACAUUCGAGCAAGUCCUCUUCACUUCAGAUAUCGCUCGGAUCCCUCCUUCCUCCUCCUCUCGGUCGAACCCUAGCGUUCGGUGGCGUCUUCACCAAGCUUGGAAAUCGCGAUGAUGGCGGCGAGGGCCGUCAAUGGUUGCUCCAUCCUCCGCUCCGCCACUUGCGGCGGCGGUCCUCCCGCCUUCGCCUUUUGCCGCCGUUUCCACCGUCUUAGAGCGUCCCCGGUCCGGGAAUUCUCUAAAUUAGGGUUUCGGUUUCGGAUCCUUUGGUCGGAGCGGCGGUUAUCCGGACGUCCCGGCGAUGCCGAUGCUCCGACCUGCUCGUAUUCUAUCCACAGUUUGGUCGAUAGCGUCAUGGAAGAGCUCGAAGCCGUUCGCAAGCGCAGAAGCAGUCGAAGCGUUCGCGCCAAUGUCAAGGUUAAAUUAACAAGCACCGGGGAGCUUCUGGAGGAUAAGCUAGCAAACCAGGAACUACAGGCAGGAUUCCUUCUCGAGUUCAAGAAGGACGCUGAUAGGGUAUUGCUGGCAGUUGCUCAUAGACCCGAUGGCAAGAAGAAUUGGAUGGUCUUCGAUCAGAAUGGUGCUACAUCUUCCAUCAAACCGCAGCAGAUUACUUAUAUCGUUCCUGGUGUUGAGAAGUUCAAUCAUACAGAAAUUACAGAUUUUAUGCAGAGAGCUCAAGAUAACCUGGACCCUGCAUUACUCGAGUUUGCUUGGAUCGAAUUACUUGAGAAGAACAAGCCUGUGACCCCAGAAGAGUUAGCAGAGAUGAUAUUUGGUUGUUCAGAUCCUCUCGAAAGCUACUGUUCUCAUAUUUUGUUAUCGAAGGAUGAAAUAUAUUUCACAGUCCUUGAGUCAAAAGGUUGCCGAUCAAUAUACGGGCCUCGGCCUAAUGAACAGGUAGAAGAACUUCUACGAAGGAAACUUGUAAAGGAGGCGGAAGAGAAAAAGUUCCAGGAGUUUGUCCAAUUGCUGAAGUCUGCUAAAGAGAUGCCUAGCCAUGCCAAACCUCCCAAAUCUUCAUGGCUAGCUGAGGAUAGCAUACAAGACAGGAUUGAUUCUCUUGAAGCAUAUGCCAUCGAUGCAUGGGUUACCAGUGACCAGAAGAAAGCUGCUGGAGCAAUUCUAAAAGCCAUGGGAUUGCAGAAAACAGCUGCCUCUGCGCUAAAUCUCCUCAUAGAUAUUGGAUAUUUCCCUGUACAUGUGAAUCUUGAACUGCUCAAGUUGAAUCUGCGAACUCACCACUCAGAAGAAAUCGUCGAAGCUGCUGAAAUUCUUCUUUCAGAGUCACAUGAUCUUGAUGAAGUGAGCAGAAUAGAUCUUACACACUUGAAGGUUUAUGCAAUUGAUGUUGAUGAGGCUGAUGAGCUUGAUGAUGCCCUGAGUGCGUCAAGAUUACAGGAUGGACGAAUUAAAGUCUGGAUACAUGUUGCUGAUCCUGCUAGAUUUGUUAAACCAGGGAGCAAGGUGGACAGGGAGGCGAGGAAAAGAGGAACCUCCAUCUUUCUUCCUACUGCUACUUAUCCCAUGUUUCCGGAGAGACUUGCGAUGGAAGGAAUGAGUUUAAGACAAGGAGAAAUUUGCAACGCGGUUACUGUAUCUGUUGUCCUCCGUUCUGAUGGCAGUAUUGCAGAAUACUCGGUGGAUAAUUCAUUCAUUAAGCCUACCUAUAUGCUGACAUAUGAAAGUGCAACUGAGCUACUUCACUUGAACCUGGAAGAGGAGGCUGAGCUGAAGAUUUUGUCUGAGGCAGCUGUCCUCCGCUCUCAAUGGCGUAGGGGACAGGGUGCAGUGGACACAGCUACAUUAGAAACCCGUGUCAAAGUGGUGAAUCCCGAGGAUCCAGAGCCUUUGAUUAACCUUUACGUGGAAAAUCAGGCAGAGCCUGCCAUGCGACUCGUCUCAGAAAUGAUGGUUCUUUGCGGAGAGGCUGUAGCCACGUUUGGCUCGCAGCAUAAUAUUCCGUUGCCAUAUAGAGGACAGCCACAGUCGAAUAUCGAUGUAUCUGCAUUUGGGCAUCUUCCGGAGGGACCUGUACGUAGCUCAGCUAUCGUCAAAGUAAUGCGUGCAGCAGAAAUGAAUUUCAGAAGUCCUGUACGCCAUGGAGUGCUCGGUCUUCCUGGUUACGUUCAGUUCACGUCUCCCAUCCGUAGAUAUAUGGAUCUUACUGCACACUAUCAGAUAAAGGCCUUUCUUCGAGGCGAGGAUUUCCCGUUCUCAGCUGGUGAGCUAGAAGGGAUAGCAUCGACGGUAAACAUGCAAAGCAGAGUUGUGAGGAGACUCUGCAACAGCAGUCUACGCUAUUGGGUGAUAGAACUUUUGAGAAGGCAAAGGAAGGAUAAAAGAUAUACAGCGUUGAUCCUGAGAUUCAUCAAAGACCGGAUAGCAGCCCUUUUAUUGGUUGAGGUGGGUGUCCAAGCAUCUGGGUGGGUGUCAGAAGGGAAGCAGGUGGGGGAUGAGGUACAAGUCCGGGUAGAAGAAGCUCAUCCUCGAGAAGAUGUUAUUCUGCUCAAAGAGGUGGUCUAAUUCCUGAGAACUCUGUCUGUAUUUUCCUUGUUUGUACAAAUCGAUCCACCAUCAAGCUGGCUUUUUUUCAUCAAGGAGACACCAAGACAGAGCUUAAGUGGUGGUGCGAGUGAUACUUCUUGAUGCCCUUUGGCCCACAAGCAGUAGAGAUGGCAAAAAAAAAAAAAAAAGGAAAAAGGAUUGCCACAAGGGGGACCCUGAGGCAAUCUCAUACACGGUAACAGAGCUUCUUUAUUUUUGUAAUGUUACGGAUAAAUAUAGGUACAUCUAUACUGCUCUCAAAAUGCUCAUAGCAUCGCUGAUAUUAUGUUACGUUGUUGGAUGGAUUUGGGAAUUUUACUUGCUGGUUCAGUGUUGUUGGA